GGGGAAAGAGAAAGCUCGAGGAACCCCGAGUGCAGAAAGCGUAUGCAAAACGAACGGGUCCAACGAAGUUUAGUGCCAGCGGAUUGGGGGCGAGGAGCGGUGACGGGAUCGAUGUCACUCCCGUCAGUUGACGUCAGGGCGAGUUGUGUUAUGUAUACAUAUAUGUUCCGCCGCGCGUUCGUCGCACGGUAAGCAUCGCCAUGUGGAGCAGGGGCCGCGGGCGAGCGACGUCAGGGUAGACGCUCGACCUCCUCUUGGUUGCCGCCGAUGUCGAUGUAUGUAUCGAGCUAGCAGUCUCAACGAUGGGCUCAUGCUGCUCGACGAGUUCACGUGAUUCGCAAGCGACGACGUUCGUAGCUGGGUGAGGUCCUCCGCCGUCCGGUCGUCGUCGCGCGGGCAAACCAAGGGCGAGCCAUGAACAAGAGCCACGCGAACAAGAGGCUGAACCAGCUGCCGAGCUGGCUGUGGACCAACUCGACCACCCUGCCGCCGGUCUACAAGAUGGUGUGGGAGGCGGUGCGGGAGGAUCGGGUCAGGUCGAACGGCGUGCAGGCCGAGCUGCUGGUCGACACCAAUAAGGUGUUCCCGUUGCUGCUCACCAGCCAGCUGCCCACGGAGGUGCUCGGCCACAUAUGGAGCCUGGCCAACCAGAAGUACGCCGGCCAACUGACCGAGCAGGAGCUGUACAUCGUGCUGGCCCUCGUGGCGGCCGCACAGACAUCCUACACCUUCAACAGUCUCGAUAUACUGCACCUACUCCCCUUCCCGCCAACGCCCUACCUGAACAUAGACUGCCUGAUGAAUCUGCAGCCUGCGAACGUCCCGAAGCUCCCGCACCACGAGGAGCCCGGCAACAACGUGGGUGCGGAAGGAAAGUACAUGCCCGACGCGAAGGGAAGAACGAAAGUUAGGAGCCAAGUAAACGCAGUGCCUGACGCAAGUGUAUCCUUCUCUGGCGGCGCGCCCGGAAAAGCGUCUUGCUUCGACGGCAGAGUUCAGGCGCCCGGCGCGGCCGGGAGUAAUGUCAAUAAUCUGUUCAAGGACGCGAGGCUGCAGAAUUGCCGUGUCCAAGCUGAACACGCUCCGUCUGCAUCGUCCUACGACGAGUCCUGUGACGAAUUCACCGAGUUUCAAAGCGCCCCGGUCCCCAGUGUCGCCGCCGUGCCGAUCUGGGACAGUAAGCUGGGCUCCGCGAUCGGCAGCAGACUCGCCAAUCACAAUCUCGGGGUGAAGAAGACCGCCGACAGGGCCAAGAGGUCCGCCGUCGGCGCGAGAGCCGUGCAACUCCGCACGUCCGCCCCCGCGAGUUUGCCGUAUCACAGUAAGGAGCAGCCCGUGAUGGAAUCCACGUCCGACCUGUUUCCCAAGUGCGGGCUAAAGAGCCAGUCCAAGACCGUGAUACUCAAGGACACUGUGAUCAGAAGCAACGACGCGCCUAAGGAUUGCGGCGACAGUUUUAACGGCCCGGCCGAGCCCGUCGGCGGCGACAAAGAGGUAUUACCUAAAGUGGAGCUGCCAAAGGCCGUUACGGUAGAAAUGUCUGAUUCUGUUCAACAAGAUUUAAUGAGCUUGCAACAAGUCGAGGACAAGUACAGCGCGUUGCGCGAGCUAGUUGAAGGAGCGCCCGUCGCGGGCGACGCGAGCUUAGAUUUGACACCGAACAAUCAGUCGGCUGACGAAUUCGGGGAGUUUAUGUCGGCGGAGCAACCGCCCGCCGAGCCCACGAUAUCGGACGCCUUGGAUAUCGAAAGCUUUGGCAACCUCUUUGCGGAUUUUGAGUUUAAAGCGCACGCUAAUGCCGACAGCCAGAACUUAGCAGAUCUGAACUUUGUAUCUGAGGUGUCCGAGUCGUUUAACAAUCUAAAACUCGACGACGGAAUUGAGACGCAAUUGGUAGAAACAGGAAAGAAUGCUCAGAAAGAAGAUGCUAUCUCGAUAAAUAGUAUAGAGUUGAUUAGCGGUCCAUCCGAAGCACUGCCACGCUCUGGAUCUGUGCCUAGCUUAGAUCUUAAAUCAUUUUUGCCUUCUAACGUAGAGGACGAUCAAGUGAUAGAAGCUCCACAGCAGACCGUGUACUGGGAAUGGAAGCAAUAUAUGGAAAGUUGCGUUUUGCUGCUGCAAGUUGCGGCCAACAUAUUUACCAAUAUAACGUCAGAAUUAGUUCUGCAGGAAGUUUUAAAUUCAGCCCAGGGAUAUAACUUCCUUUGCCAAUUAGCUGAAGUUGCAGCUGUUUGUAGGCGCGUUAAUUUCUCGUACAAAGAGCUGGAUAUAAACAUUAUUGGAUUCGACGACCUUCUGAUGGACAUUGAUCGGAUCUGGGCUGAAAUGGAGCCGUUUUACGCAAAUAUACCAAUUGUCACAGAACUACCAGCUUGGCCCUUACAUCAGGGAGAGUGCGUUUCUUGUGCCCUGUGCUUAACAGUCAUCACGAGUGGCCGAGUUGUGUACAACGAUAAUAAUUAUCACGUAACAUGCGCAAAUUUAUGGCUCAAUUGCGUAAACAAUCAAUUGCCGGUGAUGCGGUACUCUUUACUCUGUCAAUCAACCAUAUGUCCGGGAAGUCAUAUCUAAAUGCUAAUCUGCAUGUUGCAAGGUUUUCAAAUUCAAACUUAAAAAUAUACUAUUCAAAUUUUACUAAUGCGACGCAUAGAAAUUCGUACUAA